AAUGAAUUGAUAACUUGUUCUGGAUUAGUAGUAUUUUGUUACGAGUUUUCCUUACGAUAAGAGUUUCUUUUGUGAAUAGAAUAAAUCAAAAUGCUGUUAAAAGGAACCAGAAUAAUAACAAUUAGCAUGAAAAUGCUCCCUAAGAGCAUGUUCUCAAGAAUAAUGGCAGCAUAUUCUACGAAAGUUUUUCUCAACGACGUCGUUAUUGCAUCAGCAGUUAGGACUCCUAUGGGAUCAUUUAGAGGAAGUCUCGCCAAUGUAUCAGCCACAGAGUUAGGGGCCGUCGCAGUAAAAGCAGCUAUCGAAAGAGCCGGCAUCCCAAACGAAGAAGUUAAAGAGGUAUACAUGGGCAAUGUUUGUUCUGGCUACCUUGGUCAAGCUCCUGCCAGACAAGCUGUAAUUUUUGCUGGUCUUCCAAAAAGCACAAUAUGCACAACAGUGAACAAGGUUUGUGCAUCUGGUAUGAAGUCAGUCAUGUUAGCUACCCAAGGUCUUCAGAUUGGUACCCAAGAUGUAAUUCUUGCUGGGGGAAUGGAGUCCAUGUCAAAUGUACCUUACUAUCUAAAGAGAGGUGAAACCGCUUAUGGUGGAAUGCAACUGGUAGAUGGUAUUGUGUUUGAUGGAUUGACUGAUGUGUACAACAAAUUUCACAUGGGAAAUUGUGCGGAAAAUACAGCAAAGAAACUAGAAAUCACAAGACAAGAGCAAGAUGAGUAUGCUAUAAAUAGCUAUAAGAGAAGUGCAGCAGCUUAUGAAGCCAAGGUUUUUGCUGAUGAAUUAGUACCUGUCCCCGUCCCUCAAAAGAAGGGUGCUCCCCCAGUAAUAUUUUCAGAAGAUGAGGAGUACAAACGGGUAAACUUUGAAAAGUUUAAUAAACUAGCAACAGUAUUUCAAAAAGAAAAUGGCACAGUGACAGCAGGUAAUGCUUCAACAUUAAACGAUGGUGCUGCAGCCCUUGUUCUGAUGACUGCUGAGGCUGCGCAAAGAUUAAAUGUGAAGCCCUUGGCUCGUGUUGUUGGUUAUGCCGAUGGAGAGUGUGACCCAAUAGAUUUCCCUAUUGCACCGGCUGUUGCUAUUCCUAAGUUAUUAGAAAGAACAGGUGUUAAUAAAGAUGAUGUAGCACUGUGGGAAAUCAAUGAAGCUUUCAGUGUAGUAGCGGUUGCAAAUCAGAAACUCUUGAAUCUUGACCCAGCCAAGGUAAAUGUUCACGGUGGUGCAGUAAGUCUUGGUCAUCCUAUCGGGAUGUCAGGGGCACGCAUUGUUGUGCACCUAUGUCAUGCUUUAAAGAAAGGCGAGAAAGGUGUUGCAUCUAUCUGUAAUGGGGGUGGUGGUGCCUCUUCUAUAAUGAUUGAGAAAUUGGCUGAUGGUGUUGAAGGCCCUCCUAUUUUGACAUUCUACACAAAAGACCCAUGUCAACUAUGUGACACAGCAAUGGAAGAAUUAGAACAAUAUAAAAAUAAAUUAACUAUUCAAAAAGUUGAUAUUACAAAGCAAGAUAAUCUUAGAUGGCUAAGAUUGUACAGAUAUGAUAUACCUGUUUUAUUUUUAAAUGGCAGAUAUUUAUGUAAGCACAGAUUGAACCAUGAUUUGUUACAAAAGAGGUUACAUGACAUUGAAAAUCAAAACAAAUAAUGAAUAGGAGAAAUAUUGUUAGCAACAUUAAAAUAAAUUGAAAUACUUAUUAAAAUCAUAUGUAGUGCGAUCUAGUCAUACAAACACCAUAAAUCUUUUAUCAAUAUUUUUUUAAAAAUAUACAGUAUAAAUUA